CUUGCCGUCGCCUUGUUGCGCACGAUGAUGAAGUCAUCAAAGAUGUGCCUAUCGGCCAUGGUUGCGAAGGACGCCAAAUUGACCACAGUCUGUUUACUAAGUGAAAUAUGUUGUGAUAUGUGGCUACACAACUACAAAGCUCUCCAAUAGGUUAAUCGUGUUACGAGUGAUUUUUUUUUUAGAUGUGUGCCAUCACUACUUGGGAUAUCACAAACCUCAAGGUAUGACUUAUUGUAUGUGGAGCCCCGUCGACACAAGUCAUUUGGAAGCCUCCUAGCAUCAGGAUGUUUCUUACAUAGAAUGUGAAAAUAGGGCUUCUAGUUGUUGCUGCAUUGAGAAAGGCAAACCGUCUCAAGAUGUGGAAGCAGGGAGGUAGCAGAAGCUCGGCGCUCGACAGAGCAAUGGCUCAGCUGGCAGCGAAAAAAGUUGGAAGUGCUGGAGAUUCACAAAUAAAUGAAAAUGGGUCAUCUCAAACCAACAUAAAUCUGAAAAGCAUGUUGCCUGGUAGGCAAAUGGAGUUCCAAGACUUGAGCGACAUCUCCUCAGAAGACCUAAAUAGUGAAGAUCACGAAGAUAAUGUCGCGCCUCCAAACAAAGCAUUUGUGGAUAAUGAGCUAUUGGAGAGAUCUGGAGUCGGUGGUGGCUCUAGGUUCUUAAAAAAGCCUUCGAACGCGAUAGCCACCAGACAAUCUUCAGCACCGAGUUCGCAACGCCUGUCGAUGGAGGAGCCUAUCCGGAUACCUCAGCGACGGUCCCAAAGUGCAGCAUUAAGCCGACUUGCUCAACUUGAGGAGCGUUUCAGACACCGCAAAGAGGGUAGUUAUGCACAGACUACAAGUCCUGGCCAACCAACUCCUCAGGAGGACCCUCUGUCUGCCCAUUCCAGUACCGACCUCAGUAUGAAAGGUGCACGUUUUCUCAAGAAAAAACUGACUUCAUCUGUUCCCGAACAAAGUAAACAAAGCCAUGUCCCACAUAUAGCUGCCAAAGCUCCUCCGUCAAGUGUUCCCAGUAAAGGUGUUAGUUUAGACAGUGAUGAAGAGGAUAUGGAAAGGCUUUUGGGGGAGUAUCUCAAUUCUUCAACUGAAAGUCCUGGACCCAAGUCUUACAGGAAAAGUACCCAUAAGAAGACCCCUACAACUGUGCAAAUCUCAGACACUGUCAGACGAAGGACCCCACUACCGCCCUCUAGCGAGCAGGCCAGCCCAGUACACUCGUUGAGAAGUGUGUCGAUUGUGUAUUCUCCAUCUCCAUCGCCCCCAAACAUUCAGACAUCUAGUAGGUCUCCAAAAGUCAGGUUCCUUCGCCCCUCUCAAUCACGGUCAUCUGUUUCAGCAAACAAUGAGAUUAGGUCCUUGGAGGAGCUUUUCACAGAUACUGAUGACACUUCCAGCAAGAUAAGUGCAGCAUCUGAUGCUGUCAAGUUUAACGUCAUGACCUUGGAUGAUUUGAUUCCUGCUGAACCCUUAGGACUAUCUGCAUCCUCGAAGGAGAAGAUACAGAUUGGUGUUGUCCAGGAUACAAGCACAAGAGACGACACAGUUGAAGAUACUAGUGAGUGCACAUUGGAUGACAUUUUCCCAGAAGACCCACCUGAGGAGGAUGCAGUGGACUAUGAAAGUGAUUUUGAGACUGAUAUCAAGUCAGAGGCAACUAACCAGAGCGUAAGCGAGAUCCCAGAGCACCUGACAGAUGACGACAAAGUAUCAGAGCCUGCUGAGGAUCGAUCUGAGGAUCACAUUCACUACGGUCUCUCACAGAGGGACACAAACUCAGAGAAAUCCCUGGCAGAUGGAACAGAAAUGGACGGAAGAAAGUCUUUUGAGUCAUAUGAUGGCAAGAGUAAAGACUCCUUCUCCAGGUCAUAUUCCUCUUAUUCUCGUUCAGACACGCUCACCCCCACCAGUGUGCCUCACAGACGUCAUGUAAAAGAGGCUGCAGUUCAGACUGAGAAGGGACCAGCUUUCACCUGGCCAUCAGGAAUGGAUGUGCUGGCAUCCACUUACAUGGAUCCUACGCCUGUGGCACGCUACACAGUCAGUGCAGAGGUUCUUGAAGCAUUGACCUCCCAGAUGCCGGUUGAGGCAGCCCUCAAUGACAUGCUGAAGCAGCAACUGGCUAUGACCAGGCACUUCAUAGAGUCCAGCCGACAUCUGUACAGCUCCUUGCUACAGUCCCUGGAGCCUCCAGACUACAAGUACACGACUCUAGAGGACACAAAAGAGUUCAUACGCAAACAUAGAUCUCCCAAACUCACGAUGGAAAAGGCCUUGGAGGAAGUGCAACAGGAGAUGAGAGAAUAUCACUACCUGUAGAAAACACUAGAUGCCAAGAAAUGAAUGCCAUUUGUGCCAUUGAAAUGUUUUAUUAUAAAAUGAUG